ACCAGCGACAGUCCGGAGGGCGUCACGUCCAGGCACCGAGAGGGAGAAAGAGAAAGACGUGGGGGAAGCAAGUUCGCGCAGGAUGCUGACGCAGGCGCAGAGGCAACGGCACCCUGUCCGUCUCCCGUUUUUCUGGGCCAGAGGAGUCUCUUGGACCCACCGGCAGGGCGUGAUGGUGGUGGGUACGGGCACCUCGUUGGCGCUGUCCUCCCUCCUGUCCCUGCUGCUCUUCGCCGGGAUGCAGAUGUACAGCCGCCAGUUGGCCUCCACCGAGUGGCUCACCAUCCAGGGGGGCCUGCUUGGCUCCGGCCUUUUCGUCUUCUCUCUCACUGCCUUCAAUAAUCUGGAGAAUCUUGUCUUUGGCAAAGGAUUCCAAGCAAAGAUCUUCCCUGAGAUUCUUCUCUGCCUCCUGUUGGCUCUUUUUGCAUCUGGCCUCAUCCAUCGAGUCUGUGUCACCACCUGCUUCAUCUUCUCCAUGGUUGGUCUGUACUACAUCAACAAGAUCUCCUCUACUCUGUAUCAGGCAACAACUCCAGUCCUCACACCAGCCAAGGUCACUGGCAAGAGCAAAAAGAGAAACUGACCCUGAAGACCCAAUAAAGUUGAUUCUUUGUA